UACGCCUUGCACGGAACGCUCCACAGAUCCGGGCCGUACUGAUAUCCAUAACCGGGUUUUCAUAGAUAAGCCAAGUGAAGUCUCCACCAUGAUAGUCGUUUUGGUUCUGCAGACCAAAUAUAACUUUUAAACCACGUGCAGCCAGGUGAAGGCUAAGGUCUGAUUAGGGCACAAUACUAGUUAAAAAGCCAGACAGCAACCCAUCGCGAGCUACGUGCUGCUUGGUUGACUUUUUCACCUCAUCAACUCAAGACAUUAUUGCUGUCUGAAUCGGCUUACCAGGCUUUUGACACGACUCACUGUAAAGAUGAUACUGCAGGUUGGAAGCAUGCGUGGCUCAGCUGUGGGGCUGCUGGCCGUGCGCCGAGCAUGCUUCCUGUCCCGCUGCACCCACAGCGCCCCCCCGGCGCUUCAAUACAAACCCAUCAAGAAGGUCAUGGUGGCUAACCGAGGUGAAAUCGCUAUUCGUGUGUUCCGGGCGUGCACUGAGCUGGGGAUCCGCACGGUGGCGGUGUACUCUGAGCAGGACACGGGCCAGAUGCACCGGCAGAAGGCAGACGAGGCCUAUCUCAUAGGGAAGGGCAUGGCACCUGUGGCAGCUUACCUCCACAUCCCAGACAUCAUCAAAGUGGCCAAGGAGAACGAUGUGGACGCCAUCCAUCCUGGCUACGGCUUCCUGUCUGAGCGGUCGGACUUCGCCCAGACGUGUGUGGAUGCAGGGGUUCGCUUCAUUGGCCCUGCUCCCGAUGUCGUUCGCAAAAUGGGGGACAAAGUGGAGGCCAGGGCGCUCGCCAUCCGCGCAGGGGUGCCAGUCGUACCUGGGACCGAUGCUCCCAUCGCCAGCCUCCACGAAGCCAAGGAGUUCGCCAACACCUACGGCUACCCCAUCAUCUUCAAGGCUGCGUACGGAGGAGGAGGGAGAGGCAUGAGAGUGGUGAAGGAGUAUGAGGAGCUGGAGGAGAACUUCCAGCGGGCGUACUCCGAGGCGCUGACGGCCUUCGGAAACGGGGCUCUAUUCGUGGAGAAGUACAUCGAGAAGCCCAGGCACAUCGAGGUCCAAAUCCUGGGCGAUAAGUACGGUAACGUGAUCCACCUCUACGAGAGGGACUGCUCCAUUCAAAGGAGGCACCAGAAAGUGGUUGAAAUCGCCCCGGCAACACAGCUGGACCCCCAUCUCCGAGACAGGCUCACUGCUGACUCUGUCAACCUAGCCAGACAGGUGGGCUAUGAGAACGCAGGGACUGUGGAGUUCCUGGUGGAUAAACAUGGCCGCUACUACUUCAUCGAGGUCAACUCCCGCCUACAGGUGGAACACACUGUGACCGAGCAGAUCACAGAUGUGGACCUUGUGCACGCCCAGCUGCGAGUGUGUGAGGGGCGGAGCCUGCCCGAACUGGGCCUCAAACAGGACAAGAUCCGGAUCAACGGCUUCGCCAUCCAAUGCCGCGUCACCACAGAGGACCCCGCCCGAGGCUUCCAGCCCGACACCGGCCGCCUGGAGGUAGGCCUUUCUCCAAGCAGUGCUCCCAGGCAGCGGCCUACCCCCCAUUACCUCCACCUUUCUCUGACUGUUUCGCCCCCUCCCCGGGCCAGUCCAACCCAGGGUUGGGAUCUUUAGAGUAUUGGGCUGUUU